AGAGCGGGCAGAGCGGGCCGCUACCCCCACGGGCCAGGUCAAGAUGGCGCUGGCGGCGGGAGCGCGCGUGCAGGCCCGUGCCCUGCUGCGACCCUGGUCCCGGGUGCCCAGCGCGGCCCCGGGGCGGACGCCGGCGGCGGGAGGCGGCGGGCCCGGCGCGCGCUGCUUCGGGAGCCCGCGGGUGCUGGUGGAGCCGGAUCCGGCGGCAGGAGUGGCUGUGAUGAAGCUCAGGAAACCCCCGGUGAACAGCCUCAGCCUAGAGUUUCUGACCGAACUGGUCAUCAGCCUGGAGAAGCUGGAGAAUGAUAAGAGCUUCCAGGGCGUCAUCAUCACGUCGGACUCCCCCGGGAUCUUCUCAGCCGGCCUGGACCUGAUGGAGAUGUGCGGGAGGGACCCCGCGCACUAUGCCGAGUACUGGAAGGCCGUGCAGGAGCUGUGGCUCCGCUUGUACCUGUCCCACCUGGUGCUCAUAUGCGCUGUCAACGGAGUCAGCCCCGCGGGGGGCUGCCUGUUGGCCCUCAGUUGUGACUACCGGAUCCUGGCGGACAACCCCAAGUACACCAUCGGGCUGAAUGAGACUCAGCUGGGCAUCGUCGCCCCCUUCUGGUUCGCAGACACCCUGGUGAACACCAUCGGGCACCGCGCCGCGGAGCGCGCCCUGCAGCUGGGGCUGCUCUUCCCGCCCGCCGAGGCCCUCCAGGUGGGCAUUGUGGACCAGGUGGUGCCUGAAGACCAAGUGCAGAGCACAGCCCGGUCGGUGAUGGCCCAGUGGCUGGCCGUUCCAGGCCACGCCCGGCAGCUGACCAAGAACCUGAUGCGCAAGGCCACAGCCGACCGUCUGCUCAAGCAGCGCGACGCGGACAUCCAGAACUUUGUCAGCUUCAUCUCCAGGGACUCCAUCCAGAAGUCCCUGCAUGUGUACAUAGAAAAGCUCCAAAAGAAAAAAGGCUAAGGGCUGGGCUGUGCACAUGGCCUUGUGGCCGUACAUGCCUGUCUGUGGCCCUGAUUCUGAGAUUUUAAACAAGGUAUUUUCCAAUUUAAAAAGACUUUCAGGGAUCCCUGGGUGGCGCAGCGGUUUGGCGCCUGCCUUUGGCGCCUGCCUUUGGCCCAGGGCGCGAUCCUGGAGACCCGGGAUCGAAUCCCAUGUCGGGCUCCCAGUGCAUGGAGCCUGCUUCUCCCUCUGCCUAUGUCUCUGCCUCUCUGUGUGUGUGUGUGUGACUAUCAUAAAUAAAUAAAAAUUAAAAAAAAAAAAAAAAAGACUUUCAGCGACGCCUGGGUGGCUCAGGGGUUGAGUGUCUGCCUCUGGCUCAGGGCGUGACCUUGGGGUCCUGGGAUUGAGUCCCACUCCCCCUUGAGGAGCCUGCUUCUCCCUCUGCCUGUGUCUCUGCUUCUCCGUAUCUCUCAUGAAUAAAUAGAAUCUUUAAAAUUAAUAAAUAAAUACAUGCAUACAUAAAAGUA